AUGUCUUCGCAUCGACCUCGCAGCAACAAGAGCACCAACACAGGCUCAUCGUCGCCUCGACGCAGUUGGGUGUUGCUCUCUGCAAUCCUCGUCGGGUUGUGUGCCCUCGUCGCCGCUCUCGACUCGAUCCGCUCCAGUUUCUACAUCUUUGACCACAAGCAGAUCUACAAGAUUGCAUCGGCCGCCGUCGCCAAGCACCCUGGCAAUGCGACGGCCAUCUUUGACGACAUCCUCGACGACCUUCGUGCCGACCCAAAGCUCGCUCCUUACAUCAACAAGAAUCAUUUCAGCCUCGAGUCCGAGUGGAUGUUCAACAACGCCGGUGGUGCAAUGGGCAGCAUGUUUAUCAUUCACGCUUCCGUCACCGAGUAUUUGAUCUUCUUUGGCACUCCUGUCGGAACUGAGGGUCACACUGGGCGCCACACGGCCGACGACUACUUCAACAUCCUGACGGGCAACCAGUACGCUUUCUCCGCCGGCGCACUCAAGGCCGAGCACUACCCCCCCGGAUCGGUACACUACCUUCGUCGCGGAACCGUUAAGCAGUACAUGAUGCCCGAAGAUGGCUGCUGGGCGCUCGAGCUCGCUCAGGGUUGGAUCCCUCCCAUGCUUCCGUUCGGCCUUGCUGACGUGCUCAGCUCUACCCUCGAUCUGCCUACGUUCGGCAUCACUGUGUGGAUCACUGCACGAGAGAUGGUUGGUAAUCUCCUCCUCGGCAAGUUCUAA